UAAGUUUCAAACAGUCACAAUUAUAUGUUAGUCAUCAAACAUUACGGAAAUUUUUGACUUUUUUGGAUCGAAAUAUCUGCUUUUGAGAUAUUGAACAAUUAGACGGAUAUACUUAAUAAUGGAAAAAAGUCAUCGUGAUAUUCUGAAAGCGAAAAGAAUGGAUUUAGAUAGAGAUCUUGAUGUGAAACGGGCUGUGUCAUAUUUGUACUCCCAAAGCAUUUUCACAGAAAAUGAUCACUAUGAGUUUCUGGCCUUAAAAACACCGCAGGAAAGAAGCGAAUUGUUCUUUGAUUUUUUGCCGAAGAGAGGGCCCGAAGCAUUCGAUGCAUUCGUUAAGUUUUUGGACGAAAAGCAACCAUUUUUGAGCAAACUUUUAAAGUCCAGCAUGGAAGAAAGUAAACAGCCUGUUGACAAUAUAUAUUCACCACCAGCAUUUGAUAAGAAACCAUCUAUGGAGUCUGAAGGUGACUUGAAGCCCCAGGAAACUACAGAAGCCUCACCAGCUGAGAGUAAGGAGGAUGGUUUUAGUUCACAAGAUACAAAACAAGCCAAAGAAGAAGGUAAUGCAGAUCAAGGUGAUGGUAGUCGUAGCUCUCGUCUUGUUUUAAAAUCAUCAACCUACAAAGAUGGGGUCAAAUCUGACUUCAUGUACCGCAUGGAACAUCGACCACGUGGUCAAGCUUUUAUUAUUAACAACAAAAACUUUUUACCUGCCUCUGGAAUGCAAAAAUACCCUCGUAAUGGCACAGAUGUGGACGCCGAAGACUUGCGCGAGCUGUUUUGUACAUUGGAGUUUGAAACAGAAGUGUACAAAGAUCAGUCCUCUAAAGACAUUAUAAACCUAUUUCAUAAAUAUGCAUCAAUGGACCAUUCUUCUUAUGACUGUAUCAUCUGUGCGAUUUUGACGCAUGGGGAGAAAGGUUUGAUAUACGGUAUUGAUGGAAAGAUUAACCCGGAGAAGUUAACAACAAUGUUUCAAACCGAAGGUCUUCGUGGCAAACCCAAACUGUUCUUCUUUCAGGCUUGCCGAGGUGAUGAAUAUAUGGAGGGAAAGGACGAAACAGAUGGCCCUCGUGGUGUAGAAAUGCAUGCGAUUGAUGCACCUGGUAACAACAAAAUCACCCUUCCUGUCGAAGCUGAUUUCCUGUAUGCCUACUCAACCGUCCCUGGCUAUUAUUCCUGGCGUAAUUCUCAUCGAGGCUCGUGGUUUGUGCAGGCAAUUGUGUCCGUAUUCAGCGAGCAUGCGCAGACGAUGGACGUGUUGCGAAUGUUGACCCGUGUGAAUGCUGAAGUCGCCAAACAAAGGUCAAAUACAAAUGACCCUUCCUCAGAUAACAAGAAGCAGAUACCAUCCAUAGUUUCACAGCUACGAAAAGAAUUGUACUUCUUUCCAGAAAACGUCUUGGAGGAUAUCGGCGAUAGAACGGCGUGAGGAAAGCAGGAGACGCCAGACGCAAACACGAGAAAAAGUUUUUUGUUUCCUGAAAGAAAACCUGAUCAUUUUUGGAAUUAUUGCAAAUGAAUCUUGCUGCUGAGAGAAGCAUGAAUGUUUCAAGCAGUGCACUUUGGAUAUAACUUCAGCAGGUGGUGGUCAACUCCAGAAAUAUUUUUAGAAUUUUUUAUGUUGUAAAAUCUCGUGAAAAUACCCAAAAUAACCCUUGCUGAAAUGCGAGCAACUCUCGAUAAAAGUUAUCAGAUGUCUUCAAACUUAUUCCAAUAGUUUUUUCCUCCAAGAUUGUUUCUCCCCUUUACUGAUAUGCUUUCAUAUUGAUUGACAUUAUUUCUGAAGUUGACCACUACUGGAAGCAGUAACAUGCACUAGUCACUCAGUCACCACACACAUAUAUCUCCGGUAGACAAAGUUUGGAACUGCAGACUUGUGGAAAUCAGAUCCAUAAACAAUGCGUCCACAAUGUUAACACGACUUCACAAGAAUGAAAUUUUUGCAGACUGAUUCAGAAGUGAUUAAUAAUAAAUAGUUUUUGCCAUCUUUUAUAUUUCUGAAUGAAUCUCGUACGCAGGGUCAUCCGGGUUCGAGGUUCAUCUCGCUUUGUUUGUGCUGCAUUCUCCAUCUUCUCUUAGUAAAUAUGGAGUUUCGAAGACCACGGGAACUGCGAACAGUUGAAAAUGAUUACAGACAUUGAGCAUCACUGUUGCUAACUUGCUAUCCCAUUAUGGUAGAUCAACCAUCAAGUUACGCAUGUACACGGACGCUAAGCGUACCUAUUUUAUUUAAAACUAUUACACGAAAUAAAUCUCCGGGCGGAAUUUGUACCUUCGCACGGCGCUCUCAAGAACAAGCUGAAGCCUGAUUAUGGUAAUGAAGUAUUUGACUAAAGAUUUCCAUCUGAUUGGAUGGAUCAUGGACAUACAUUUUAAUCGCGGCCCCACGCUAAUUAAAAGUCGAUAAAAGCGAUCUCCAG